AUCUGAACAUGAGACCAUCUCUGGCAAGUUUUUGUGAAAAUAAAAUUGUAAAUUCCUGCUUAUUUUUGUAUCAAAAAUAAUCUCAAUUCUUGCCUGUUAGAUUAAAUAAUAAAUCAGAGGAGUACAUUUCUCAGUGGUUCCUAACUCUUUCACCCUAAUCAUUCCGCUCAUCUCAAUUCUCUUAUCAACUUCUCAUUUUUCAUAACACAAUUUGUGAACUUACUUGAUCUUUCUUUAUUAUCAACUUUUUACUUUUUUUUUCAAUUAAUUAUUAUUACUCCUAUGAUCCUAUCCUAUAAUAAUUAGGCAGAAGAUAUAAAAAUGGUACAACUCCAAUUAUAAUCUCCAACACUUUCUCCCUCUAACUUCUUGGCCUUCUUCUUUCAAUUGUGCGGGAUAGGGGACUUUUAUCAAGAUUUCUGGGACAGCCAAUCAGAAAAAAAUGGGCGCCUACCUUAGCACGCCUAAAACGGAGAAAUUCUCAGAGGAUGGUGAAAACAGCAGGGUUCAAUAUGGAUUGUCUUCAAUGCAAGGUUGGCGUACGACAAUGGAAGAUGCUCAUGCUGCCUUCCCUGAUCUGGAUGCUUCAACUUCUUUCUUUGGCGUCUAUGAUGGUCAUGGAGGUAAAGUAGUGGCCAAGUUUUGUGCAAAAUACCUUCAUCAACAAGUACUUAAGAGUGAAGCAUACUCUGGUGGUGACUUAUCAACAGCUCUGCAAAAAGCUUUCUUUAGGAUGGAUGAAAUGAUGCGUGGGCAAAGAGGAUGGAGAGAGUUAGCUGUUUUGGGUGAUAAAAUAAACAAAUUUACUGGAAUGAUAGAGGGGCUAAUAUGGUCUCCAAGGAGUGGUGAUGGCAAUGAGCAUGAUGAUGAUUGGGCCUUUGAGGAUGGACCUCAUUCGGAUUUUGCUGGUCCCACUUCUGGAUGCACUGCCUGUGUGGCUGUUCUUAGAAACAACCAACUUCUUGUUGCCAAUGCUGGUGAUUCUCGUUGUGUGAUUUCGAGAAAGGGUCAGGCUUAUAAUCUGUCUAGAGAUCACAAACCUGAACUGGAAGCUGAGAGGGAGCGAAUUUUAAGAGCUGGUGGGUUUAUCCAUGCUGGACGAGUGAAUGGCAGUCUGAACCUUGCAAGAGCUAUAGGUGAUAUGGAGUUCAAGCAAAAUAAAUUUCUUCCUGUUGAAAAGCAAAUUGUAACAGCAAAUCCAGACAUUAACACGGUUGAACUUUGUGAUGAUGAUGAUUUUCUUGUUCUAGCUUGUGAUGGUAUAUGGGACUGCAUGUCAAGCCAGCAGCUUGUUGAUUUUGUUCAUGAACAAUUGAAUACUGAGACGAAACUAUCUGCAGUGUGCGAGAGAGUGCUUGACAGAUGUUUGGCCCCUUCCACUGCUGGUGGUGAAGGCUGUGACAACAUGACAAUGAUACUGGUUCGGUUCAAGAAGCCAAUACAACAGGAUACCUCUGUACCUAAAGCCGGUGAAUCAUCACAGUCUGAGCCACCAGUUACUGAAGCUGAUUCUGAACAAGAACCAAAAGAGACUGAAUCAAGCUAGUGUAGACAGUUAAAAUUCUGUUCUGUGAUCUGUCACAGAUAAACAUACAGAAAUAGCUCUUUGUUGAUUUUUCAGGUUGUAUGUAAAUGAAAGAUGAUUCCUCAACUCUCAAAGUGUUGGUAAUAUUUCUUCAAUACAUAUAACAAACUAUGGAGUAUUAUGAUAGGAUGUACAGAUGCUCUUGCUAUAAGAAUGUUAUUUCCGAA